AGCAGUAGCACAGUUAGCCUCCAGCAGCUGUCGGUGGCAGUCAGUCAGUCAGUCAGUUCCAGAGCUGGUACGGCAGUUAUCGUCGUCGUCCUCCUCUUCCUUCCCUCCCGUGGACAGACAAGCCGUGGACGACCGGGUUGUUUCUUCGGGAGCCAGCUGCGGUUGAAUCGUUGUCCUCGCCGCCGCAACAGGAAGCAGCAGCAGCAGCUCUCUGGGCCAUGGCCAGAACAGAACAAGUGCUGGUGCUGGAGCCACAACACGAGCUGAAGUUUAGAGGCCCGUUUACAGAUGUCGUCACUGCCACUCUGAAGCUCACCAACCCCACAGAUAGAAAUGUGUGUUUCAAAGUCAAGACAACCGCCCCGCGCAGAUAUUGUGUGCGCCCCAACAGCGGCGUCAUCGACUCUGGAUCUUCCGUCAACGUCUCUGUUAUGCUACAACCUUUUGACUAUGACCCCAAUGAAAAGAGUAAACACAAAUUCAUGGUGCAGUCCAUGCUGGCUCCGUACGACAUGACUGACAUGGAAGGAGUUUGGAAGGAGGCGAAGCCAGAAGAGCUGAUGGAUUCAAAGUUGAGAUGUGCAUUCGAGAUGCCGCUAGAAAAUGACAAAACUCAUGAGAGUGAAAGCAACAAAACUCUGUCUUCCUCUACCUCCUCUGUUCAGACCGAGCACUCCGCACUGCCCAAGUCCGCCAGCGCCUCGCUGGAUGACGGCGAGGUGAAGAAGAUCAUGGAGGAGUGCAAGCGGCUGCAGAUGGAAGUGCAGAGGCUACGGGAAGAAAACAAACAGAUCAGGGAGGACGACGGGCUGCGGAAGAGAAAGCCGACGUCGAUGGCCGCUACUCACCCCUCUUCUUCCUCCGUCAUGGCAACCUCAGCCAUGAGGGACGAAGGCCUAAGCAUCCGUGUGCUGGCGCUCUGCGUGCUCUUCUUUGUCAUUGGAGUCAUCAUUGGCAAGCUGGCCCUGUAGAGACACAGACGGACAGAGCACAGUGACAGACGGACGGCGUGCUCGGGAGGACACGCGUCAAUGACGGCAACGGGGAUGUCUUCUGGGUUUAUGUUUAUUUCUCUUUCUUUCUUUCUUUUUUUUUUUUUAAACAUUUAAGGCAAUAUCAUGAUGGGUUGUCUGGGUGGAAAAUAAUUUAAUGUGUAAAAAAGAAAAACAAAGGAAGGCAAUCCCAAGUUAAACCACCAGUGAGAGCAUUUGUUACAGAUCCUGCCUUCUUUUUUUUUUCUUUUUUUUUCUUUUUUUUUUCUGUGAAACAAUCACCACCUGUGAUCCGUUCUUUCCGUCCAUCUCUCGUUCUUAAACGAUCUUCCCCAACUUGCACAGGUAACAGUUAGCAGUGUGUGGAAAUGGCUUCACUCUGGCUGAAUGUCUAAAGUCUUUCAUUGAUUCUUUACUGAUUAUCAAGUCUUUAACUUCCACAUUGUAAGAAAGAUCCAACACUCCUCCUCUGAAGAUCUCUCUUCCACUUCUUAAUGAUAAUCUACGAGGAGAGGUGAACACAAGUGAUGAGUGAAAGACUUUUUUUUUUCUAGACUCAAACUGUAUUGUCUUCUACUCAGUUUGUGGUUAAAAAAAAAAAAUCAAGCCAGUUUAAACCCGUGCAUUUGUGUGCGUGUGUCUGGGUCUUGUUGAUUUUUAUUUUUUUUUUCCUCCUGCAGGAGGGCUGAUGUGACUGCAUGUGAAUGUUUUUAUGUGAGGAGACCACAAACGGUGAAAUCACAGGCUGUUGACUUUUAGAGCAAAGGAUGAGGGGUGGUUUAACAGAUUUCCUGUACACAACAGAAAAAUGGGGGUUUGUUUGUUGAAAAUCUGAUUUAAAAACUGUUACUGACCAGACCAAGGAAUCAAUAGAAAUAUAAUAAAUCCAUUUUUUGGGCCAUUGGUUAAAUUAUGACUGUAAAAUCAAGAUUAUGACAAAGGAUUUAUGCUGCACGGUGAUCAAGUAUAAAGACAAAGCUGUAAUAUAGCUCUAAAACAUCAGAUUUUCCCAGUUAACACAUUUUCUUGAUCAUUUCUUCCUCAGGUUGAGAGGGAGAGAGUGGCACUAGCCGGAAAACAAAAAAACAAAAGACACCUUUAAAAUAAACUUGUCAUGCAAAACCAACUUGGACAUUUUCAAUAUAUAACACACAGUAUGUAAAAAUAGUUUUGGCCACCUUGUUUAAGUUUGCCCAUGGAGUAUUGUAUUUGUGUCCUGUAUUACAGCAGUUGUUUGCUUUCUUUCUUAUAUUAUCAUGUAGCCACAAUGCUUCUCAUGUUUAAUAUCCAAAUGCACUAUAUUCAAGUGUCCACUCUGCAGUCUGCAUGAAAUGACCUGGAUUUAUUAUGAUUAUUAUUAUUUGAGUGUUGGAAAUUAUGUGAGCAAAACAGAAAACAAAGUACCGUCUUUUCAAAAGGGACCAUCUUGAGUCUGGUUCAUCAGUGUGUGUGUGUGUUUGUGUGUGUGUGUGUGUGUGUGUUUUUGUUUCCUUUCAGUCAUCCUUUUCUUCAGUUUCCUGUUGGGCUCUGGUGGUUGUGUGAGAAAACCGAGACAACACAGCUGUAUUAUCUCGGCUAUCACAUGACCACCUCAGCAAAACUGGGUCGUUAAGAAAUCGAAUAAAUAUGUGUAUUUUUCGUUGCCUGAAGGAGCUCGGGGGAGCAGAGAUGUGGGGAUGUGGACUGGCCUGUGAAUACACACUACAUUAAAAAUAAAUAAUAAAAAGGCAUCAGUGCUUCAGACCACACAUGCAGAGAUACAGUCACACAACAAUGUAAUCACACAGUAAUUGGAUACUCUUUUGUAUGUACAUAAAAAUAAAAUAACUUAAAAGAUAACUGGUAAAGUUAUUAACAUACUAUAGUAAAGGAAGAAAAUAGUUAAACAACCACCAUGGAUCAUGUAGCAUCAUAAUGAAUUAAAAUACAUAAACCCCCAAA